UGUUAUUGAUGCCCAUUGCUUGUCGCAUCUAUAUUCGAUGUCAAUAGCUUGCCACUCUUGCCGCUAGUUGCCACCCAUGCCGCCUACAGCCACCUUUAUCGAUGUUGUUUGACGUCUGCCAUCCAUUGAUCAUCAUAUAUGGGGACUUUCACUGUCAUCGCUGGUAACCUGCCUCCCUGCCAUUAUCUACCCACCUAUUCCCCUUUGCCGCCACCCUCAUCCCUGAUGCUCAUCGCUUGUUGCUCCUUGCCGCUGCCACCACCUCUAUAAGCAUCGAUAUCCAUAUCUGAGCAAGAAGGCACUGUACAAAAUGAGGAAACUCCAACAAACAUUACAAUGUCUAAGACAACUUGAUUCAUCAUGAAUACUCCACAAGCUCAAGAGCCAACCUAAAAGCCUCAAAUUGAAGAGAUAAGGAGUAGAUCGAAGACACUGAUCUAUAAAAAUAUAUCACCUAGCUUGAGCCCUUAUUAUCAACACAUGGCUAUGCACCCAUGCCUCUAUUACAUCAUUGUAUGUGAGUGAGUUCAUCAAUUACUUGAUCAAACAAUGAACAAUCUCUCAUACGUAUGGUGCUUUGAACUUAAAGAUGGAGAUGAUGGAAUGAAAGCUGGUAAUUGCUCAAACCAUGGCGAAUCAUCUCCUCUUACUGACUUGGCCAAAUCUCUUUUUUUUGGGUGAAUUAUUUCCCCUCCAUACCGAUUGAGACAACAGCAUCUAGGCACAAUUCUGCAGAACUCAUUAACAUGCUUCAAACUUGCCAUUCAGCAGCAAGCAAUCGGUGGGCAAACUUUGUUGCUGUCGAUUUCUACAAGAGGAGUGAAGAAGGAGGGGUCUUCCAAGCAACUGACAUGCUUAAUGGGAGGCUUUUAUGUGGAUGUGAUGAUGUUCAUGUUGUGUUCCUGGAUCUACCACCUCUAGAACAUGUACUCCUCCCUAAGAAAAAAGUGAAGCAACUUCAGAGAAUGGAAGAAGGGCAUUUAUGAUUUCCAGGAAAGUGCAUAUAAA